AUGGUUCAUGGAGCAGUGAGUCCGCGGGUCUCCACCCAACAAGCUGCUGAGUCAUCAUCGCGACUCGCCAAGUCACGGGAUCGACUUGGUAUCGACCGAUCUGACGCUAUUCCAGAAAGGGAAAGGAUCUGUUUUACACCACGGGUAAAACGGGAGAGAUAUUUACAAGCAGAAAAGGAGGAUGUGUUGCAUUGUGGGGCAGAUGUUCUGUUAAUACGGUCUAUGCUUAAGCUUACAUUAUUAACGAGUUUCCUUCGUGAAUAUGUUGCUGUUGGCUGCCUCUCCACCCUGUCCGUAGGAGAUUUCGACAAUUCUUCCCCCGCUUCACCGUGGUUGCUUACAACUCCCAUUGAAUGCCAUCUCUUCAGAGAACACGGUCGCUGUGAGAGAAGAAACGACACGACUACUACUCCUUGUCUUGUUUUCAUCCAGAGUCCACUCAUACUGCUUUCCGCCUCCGCUAGAACUGCGCACAGUACGCAUAUUGAAAUCAUAAUGGGAAAUCCAGUACUCGUAACCAGCCCCGCGCCCAGACCUGCGCAUAAAAAGGUCUGGACCACCCUUAUCACCAACACGGCCUACCUCUCUGGGCUCCUGACUCUAGACUAUUCCCUCAAAAAAGUCGGGUCCAAAUAUCCCCUCGUAGCACUCUACACGGAUUCAUUCCCACCAGACGGGCACCUCGCCCUACAAGCCAGGGGUAUUCCAAGCAGACAUGUUCCUUACCUCCUCCCGGCUAUCCACAAGGAUUACAGCAAUGACAUCCGCUUCUACGACUGCUGGAGCAAGUUAACUCCCUUCUCCCUCGUGGAGUAUGACCGUGUCGUCCAGCUGGACAGUGACAUGCUGGUCCUGCGAAACAUGGACGAAUUAAUGGAUCUGGAACUCGACGAUCCGGAAUUGAAAGGUGAUGGCUCGCGCGUCUUCGCUGCGACCCACGCGUGCGUCUGUAACCCAUUGAAAAAGCCACAUUAUCCCAAGGAUUGGAUCCCCUCAAACUGCGCCUUAACAACCCAACACGCAGACCCCACCAGCGCACAGACGCAAGGCGCCCCAUCAACCACAGGCCUAGGCGCUCUAAACGGUGGCCUCCAGGUCGUCAACCCAUGCAGCUCCAUCUACGAUAAAAUUCUAACCAUCCUACAAACCCCCUCAGCGACAUCCACCUACGAAUUCGCAGACCAGUCGUUGCUUUCAGAUCUGUUUCCCGGCCGUUGGGUGCCGCUACCUUAUAUCUAUAAUGCGCUUAGGACGCUGCGGUGGGAAGGUGUUCAUAGCGAGAUCUGGAAGGAUGGAAAUGUUAAAAAUGUGCAUUAUAUUUUGAAUCCGAAGCCGUGGGAUGGGAAAUGGGAUGGAGAGAGGGUCUGGGACGGGGAGCGAGAUGACAAAAAUGCUGUGACGGAUGGGUGGUGGUGGAGGGCUAAUAGGGAAAGGUUGGAGGAGGAGAAGAAGGCGGGGAUUGUGGCGGAUGGGUUUUAG